ACACCAAAAAAGAGAAGAAAACCAAAAUUGUCUGAUUGCUCUCUUUCUUUCUCUGUCUUCAAGUGUCUCUCCCUCCUCACUCGUCCUUCUCUCUUUAAAUCCACAAAUCACACGCACACAGACACAGACACAGACACAAACCCAAACCCAGCACAGCAGCAGCAACAUUACUAGUGUUUCAUUUCAGCUCCAUAUUUCAGACCAACCCCAAAAGCAGAACAACUCAGAAGCCAUAAAAGACAAACGUUCUCUCCAUCACACCACCAAAAGCCUCCACCUUUCUUCUUCUCUCUCAAAACCCACAAAGCUCCAAACCACACAACCCCCAAGAAAACCAUUUCCGGGUCAUCGGGUCCAGCACCACCACCACCACAACCCAUUUUCCUCACCACUCCCCAAACCCAAAUGCCUCCCAUAAAAUAGACCCAACAAGACACCACCUUGUUCUUGAUUCUCUCAACAAAAAAAAAAAAGACUCAAGAACCAAAGAACCAACCUUUGGUGUCUCUCUGAUUCUUAAAAGUCCUCAUCUUUUCACCCAAAAAAAAGAAGUCUCAUCAUCUCUUUCUUUACUCUUUAAUUAUGGCGGGCAAUCCGCCUGAGGGGCUCGGAGACGACUUCUUCGAGCAGAUCAUGGCUGUUCCUCAACCCUACAGCGGUGGCUCCGCCUCUGCUGCUGACUCGGGUCGUGGAUAUGGUGACGUGGGGUCCAUGCCGAUGGUGCUCCAGCUCGGGUCCGGAACCGGGUCUUCUUCCGGGUACAGAGGAGGAGGCGGGUCGGUUGGGAUGGGUAUGGGGAUGCCUUUGGGUCUGAAUUUGGAGCAGGGCUUUCUUGGACAUGACAGGUUCCGAGAUGAAGUGGAACGCAACUCCAACACUAACAACAGCAACAACAACAACAAUGGUAACAGUUCCAGUUGGCAGGAGAGAGAUAACUCGGUUCAUAUGACGACUAGUUUGUUUCCGGCGGCAUUUGGACAUUUGCAAAACCACUCCUCCGUCCGCCCAACGCCACCGCCGCCUCCUCAGCCUCACCAGCAGUUUCAUAGCCAACCUGCACCAGCGCCAACUGCUGCUGUUCAUCAACCUCCUGCUAUCCGCCCAAGGGUCCGAGCAAGACGAGGCCAAGCAACAGAUCCCCACAGUAUUGCCGAGCGGUUACGUCGGGAAAGAAUUGCAGAAAGAAUGAAGGCUUUGCAGGAAUUGGUACCUAGUUGUAACAAGACAGAUAGGGCAGCUAUGCUUGACGAAAUCGUUGAUUAUGUGAAAUUUCUAAGGCUCCAAGUAAAGGUUUUGAGCAUGAGUAGACUUGGAGGAGCAGGUGCAGUGGCUCAGCUUGUAGCUGAUGUACCCUUAUCAGCAGUUGAGGGAGAGGGGAUUGAAGGAGGGACCAAUAAUCAACAAGCAUGGGAGAAGUGGUCAAAUGAUGGCACAGAGCAACAGGUAGCUAAGCUGAUGGAAGAAGAUGUUGGAGCUGCCAUGCAAUACCUUCAAUCCAAGGCACUUUGCAUCAUGCCCAUAUCACUCGCCCCUGCGAUUUUCAGGACACAUCAGCCGGACACGACGACAAUGGUUAAGCCGGAAUCACACAACUCUUCCUAGGCUCCCCCCAAAUUAUGUCCUGUUUUAGUUAGUACCAUUCUUACUCAUGACAAUGGGUAUAUUCAUACUCUAGUCAAGUUUAUAACUCAUUAGAACUGAAGUGACAAUCAAGUCAUGGCAACUGUUCACUGUAUUUUUUUCCAGUUGUGUAAAACAAGGGGCUGAUUGUCAUGUUUAAGUCUAGCUAGGGAAGAAUUAUCAAAAGCCAAGUUGAUGAGCUCCUCUUGUAAUAUCAAAGGUGGGGUUAGUUGAGUGUGACCAAAAUGUUGGUGGUGAGAACUCUUUAAUUUUCUUAUAUGGAUAAUGGGAUAGGGGGCCAGGUAAAAGGGAUGAAUGGUUGUGUAUGAUGUCUUCUGGGAAAAUUUUAAUGCAAGUUGAUAAUGGUUGGUUGUUCUAAAGUAC